AAAGUAAACACAGUUCCCCAGAGCAUUUCCUAGAACCGCCUGAACUCACUGUACUGGGGAGGCUGCAGUCUGCACGUUAGCCACAGGAGCCAGCCCCAGCAGGGUCGGGGCUUCCAGCCAGACCAUGUUUCUGCCGUGGCUCUUCUGGGCGUGGCUGCUGCUCGCAGGGACACGAGGCCAGAAGGAUGGGGACAUGCGGCUGGCCAACGGGGACUCGGCCAACAAAGGCCGCGUGGAAAUCUUCUACCAAGGCCAGUGGGGGACCGUGUGCGACAACCUCUGGGACCUGACUGAUGCCAGCGUGGUCUGCCGUGCCCUGGGGUUUGAGAAUGCCACCCAGGCGCUGGGCGGAGCUGCCUUCGGGCAAGGAACAGGUCCCAUCAUGCUGGACGAGGUCGUGUGCACGGGCACGGAGUCCUCGCUGGCGGAAUGCAGAUCCCUGGGCUGGCUGAGGAGCAACUGCAGACACAAGCAAGAUGCCAGUGUGAUCUGCACCAAUGAGACCAGCAGUGCGCACACCCUCGACCUCUCCGGGGAACUCUCCUGGGCCCUGGGUGAGAUCUUCGACAGCCAGCGGGGCUGUGACCUGUUCAUCCAGGUGAGGGGGCAGGAGGAGGAGGAGCAGGCCGUGUGUGCCCACACGCUCAUCCUGGCGGCCAAUCCCGAGGCCCGGGCCUUGCAGCAGGAGCCGGGCAGCAACCUUACCAUGAACGUGGACUCCGAGUGUUUGCCCCAAGUGCAAGACUUCCUCAGGUACCUGUACUCCCGAAGGAUUGAGGUGACCUUGACGUCGGUCAAGUGCAUGCAUAAGCUGGCCUCCGCCUACGAGGCCCACCAGCUGCAAGACUUCUGCGGGCGCCUCUUCGCCAAGCUCCUCCCGCAGGACUCCUCCUUCCGAACCCCGCUGGACCUGUACGCCUACGCGCUGGCCACGAAGGACGCUGUGCUGGAGGAGCUGUGCGUGCAGUACCUCGCCUGGAACUUCGAGGCCCUGACGCAGGCCGAGGCCUGGCCCAGCGUCCCCGUCGCCCUGCUGCGGGAGCUGCUGGCCAGAAGCGAGCUGGCUGUGUCCAGCGAGCUGGCUCUGCUGCAGGCUGUGGAUGCCUGGAGCCGGGAGGCAGGCUCAUCCCCCGAGCAGGUGGCAGGCCUGUUGGAGGCCGUGCGCUUCCCGAUGCUGCUGCCCACGGAGCUGUUCGAGCUGCGCUUCAACCUGUCGGUGUACAGCAGCCACGAGGCGCUGUUCCGCAGGAAGAUGCUGCAGGCGCUGCAGUUCCACACGGUGCCCUUGAGGCUGCUGGCCCGGGACCAGGGCUUCAACCUCACCGACGAGGCCUACAUGCCACGGCUGUACACCUCGGCCACCUGGAGCGCCUCGGUCUCGGCCGGCUCCCCGGUCUCGGCCGGCUCCCCGUGGGGCCGCAGGGACCCCUACCUGACCAGGGGCUAUUCCCUGAGAUACACUGCUGUCCACAGGCCCCCACGUAUCUACAGCACCUCUUACUACCCCUCGCUGUCCUUCCAGACCCCACCGCACCCCAGCUUUCUCUUCCGGGCCAAGCUGCUCCCCUGGUCCCUCGCCUACCUCCCCAGCGUCCAGCGAUGCUGGGACUUCGGCUUCUCAUGCUCCGCUGAGGAGCUGCCCGUCCUGGGCCUCACCAAGGCCGGCUCCUCCGACCCCACCAUUGGCUACGAGAACAAAGCCCUGACCAUCUGCGGGGGGCGCCUCAUAGUGGACGUCACCGACUUCCAGGACGCCAAGGCCCCCCUCCCCAGUGCAACCAGCACCAACAGCUCCCGGAGGGCCUCCCCCUUCUCCUGCCCCUCGGGGUCCUUUAGUAGCUUCAAGGCUGUCGUCCGCCCCUUCUACCUGACCAACACCACGGGCGUGCACUAGCCGGCCAGACCCCCCGCCGGGUGGGUAUGGGAGUGCCACAGGUGCCCCCUGUGUCCAUGCCUUCCUGCACUGCCAGUCCUGGCCACCAGGUGUCCCCGUGCCUUCACUGUGCACCUCCUCAGCUUGAAGAAAGUACUAGAAGUUUCCUGCCAGGGCUCCCCGCCCAGAUCUGCAGCUGCCUGGCCCGCUUCCCCCGUCCCACCACCACCUCAGGUCCCCUUCCUGAAGUGCCCACCUCGUGGUCUCUGGGCUGAGUCAGUAAAGCCGUCCCUAGCUCUCC